CCAAGGCGGUGAAGAUGUUGGUGUGCAACCACCGGCUGAUCCUGUCCGGAACGCCUAUACAGAACAAUGUCCUGGACCUGUGGUCUCUGUUUGACUUCCUGAUGCCGGGGUUCCUGGGCACCGAGCGGCAGUUCCAGGCCCGGUACGGGAAGCCCAUCCUGCAGAGUCGCGACGCCAAGAGCACGACCAAAGAACAGGAAGCAGGUGCCCUGGCUAUGGAGUCUCUACACCGACAAGUGCUGCCCUUCGUGCUGCGUCGCCUCAAGGAGGACGUGCUGCAGGAUCUGCCUCCCAAGAUCAUCCAGGACUACUACUGUGACCUCAGUCCCCUCCAGGUGGAGCUGUAUGAGGACUUCGCCCGCUCACGUGUCAAGAAGGGCAUCGACGAGACCCUACAGGAUGACACAGACAAGAAAGUUAACUCUCAGGGAACUACUCAUAUAUUCCAAGCUCUGCAGUAUCUACGGAAGGUGUGCAACCACCCGGCCCUCGUGCUCAACACCAACCACCCCAAGUAUGAGUCCGUCUGUCAGCACCUCAAGCAGCAGAACUCGUCCCUGAAGGAUCUCACACAUGCCCCCAAACUCACAGCACUCAAACAAUUACUGAAUGACUGUGGUAUCGGUGUGCCCAUGUCCACGCCAGGAGGCAGCACUGGUCACCUCGGUACAGAUGUACCUGUUGUCAACCAGCAUCGAGUGCUGCUGUUCUGUCAGCUCAAGGGCAUGCUGGAUAUAGUGGAGAAAGAUUUGCUCAAAUGUCAGUUGCCAUCGGUUACCUACCUGCGUCUAGAUGGGAGUGUCCCUGCUGGCUCCAGACAUGACAUUGUACACAGAUUCAACAAUGAUCCGUCUAUAGACAUGCUGCUGCUCACCACCCAUGUGGGAGGGCUCGGCCUCAACCUGACCGGGGCUGACACCGUUAUAUUUGUGGAGCAUGACUGGAACCCCAUGAAGGAUUUACAGGCUAUGGAUAGAGCUCAUCGUAUUGGUCAGAAGAAAGUGGUAAACGUUUACCGUCUUAUCACCCGGGGCACACUGGAGGAGAAGAUCAUGGGGCUACAGAAGUUCAAGUUGACAAUAGCCAACACAGUGAUCACGCAGGACAACUCUAGCCUCCAGACCAUGGGCACUGACCAGCUGCUUGACCUCUUCACCCUGGGGGACAAGAAGAAGGGGGAGAGUGCAGCCAGUGCAGCCAUGGACAGCAACCUCAAGCGGGAGACCAUGAGAACCAUCCUGGAGAACCUGGGAGACCUCUGGGAUGAGAAGCAGUACGAGAAUGAAUUCAACUUGGACAACUUCAUGAAGUCUCUAGCCAAGUAGGCUCUAUUUGUGAUCUGCUGGCUUCGUGAAGUCUCUGGCCAGAGAGCUCUCCAUCUGCGGUCUGCUGGCUUCAAGACGUCUCUGGCCAGAGAGCUCUCCAUGUGUGAUCUGCUGGCUGCAAGACGUCUCUGGCCAGAGAGCUCUCCAUGUGUGAUCUGCUGGCUGCAAGACGUCUCUGGCCAGAGAGCUCUCCAUGUGUGAUCUGCUGGCUUCAAGACGGUAGCUCUGAUCAGCUUAGUUUACAAUAUAUCAACAGUUCUUAGAACAAACCCAUGGAAUCACAGUGAUAUUGAAAUGAAAAUGUAUCCCUGAUAAUGCAAAGAAUUAAUCAUGUUUUUCACCAAUCCACAUUUGUAGAUAAUCUCAUCACAGAACACUUGUCCUUUAGAAAUGACUGGGUCAGUAUUUAUUUGGAUGGAAAUAGGCAUUCAAUGCCAAUAUGUUCUUGAGCUCAGUAGUUAGAGUGGAAUGAUUUUCUUUCAGCUGCUUCACAAUACCACUGUUUCAGCUCAUGCAUGUUCCGCAGAUACCAUGGUACAUGUACUUCAGCACUUCCAGAGAUGUGUAAUCUUCGACCAGUUCCUUCAACAUUGAUUAAUACAUUCUGAUUAGGGGUGUACUGAUUCACUAAAUGUUCCAAGAAUAAAGGUGGCAUUAAAAGAUGCAUUAUUUUUUUUUAAAAUAUACUACUCAAAAAGGUGAAUCACCCAUUAUAUUCAUGGAACUAAAUAGUCUGUCCUGCCAGGACAGAUUAACUGUAGACAUGAAAAAAUAAUAUGUUUUUAACUUUUUUGAGCGGUAUAUUUGUGCCUGUCUGGCCAGGAGAGCUCAUUUCACGGUUUUAUUAAUUAAUUCAAAUCUGCCAAUUUCUAUUCAUUCUCU